AUGACGCUGGGGGUCGAGUGUAGGGAUCUGGUGGCCCAGGACGAGUCAGCCUUUCUAGCCCUCCCUCCCAAGCCUAAACCUGUGAGGGCGGCCUUCAGGCACAUCCCCGGGGGAGGCCGCAAAGGAGGUCGCCAGGGCCUUUCUGAAUCCUGGAGGCCGCCGCGGGCUUCCCGAGCCCGGCAGUUCCUUAGACUUGGGCCGCGGCCCGAGACGAGGACCAGGCCCGGCACCGCGGACGCACGGCCCGGCGGCCCCCGGCGCGGCGGCGCGCAGCACCAGGAGCAGGAGGACGCGGCGCGCACGCAGCGUGGCGGCGCGCAGCGCGCGGAGGCGGACGCGGCGUGGCGGCGCGCGGGCGCCCCAGACGGAGGCUCCUGCUCUGGCUGCUGGUGCCGGCGGCGACUCUUCCGGCGGAGCGCGGCGCGCGGCUCGCGCAGGAAGGCGGCCAAGUUCGCGCGGCCGUGCAAGGCUGCGCAGGAGCGGGGCCUGUGGGGCCGCUCGAGCCUGCGGCGGCUGCUGCAGAGGCUGGUGACGUGGCGGCGGCGCUAUGUGCGGCGCGGGGAGCGGCCGGAGAGGCUGGAGGAGAUCCCGCUGCUCGUGCUGGACCGUGCGCGGUUCGGAGACUAGGCCGCCUCGGCGGCCGCGUGGAGCCGGACCUACACGCCCCCUGCACGCUGCGCUUUGGAGUUCUGUUUUGUAAAGAAAGGUGUUAAUCCCUAUUGCACAGGAGAAAUUGAUUUUCCAAUUACCAAGAAAUCCGCAGCUGCCACAGACAGGCAGCCCCUG